AGAAGGCGGGCGGCAGUCAGACGAACAGCUUGUCGGUUGCGACGGUCAUCUGUGGGUAUUGUACCAGUGUUGUGUGUUCUCAACAACAGUCGGUCGUGUCGGACGCUGUGCGAGUUUGCGAGUUGUUCGUUCGCGCGGUGGUGCACGACGUCCCGAUCCACCGUGUCUGCGGUGCCCGUCACGAUGAUAAGUGUUGCUGUUGAUAGUAACCGUUGUACUCGUAGUCGUAACGUUCGCAACAAUAGUACGACGCCAAUCGUUUGCCGUAAUUACCAUAGCCGUAAGUCGUGACGGUAAUGACGGUUCGCAGCAUAUUUUGACACGGCGACAUUAUUGUAGUGAACCCUCCACCGGGUUUUCCAACGUACCGGGAACUUUUUAAUUUUUUUUUUUUUUUUUUUUAAUUCUUUCGUUUCGUUCAUUUCCGUUUCUAGUAUUUUAAUAUUUUAUUUCUCGACCACCAACGGUCGCGCGUCCGGCGGCUACGACUACGGCGUAGACGGACAACGUGUGCGCACACGGUAAACAUCUUUCUACGCGCCGUUCAAAUGGCGGCCAGCCCGAACAGCAGCAGCAACACGACGUUGGGUAGCACGGACAGUGGCUGCAGCGGCGGCGGCGGCGGCAUCGCCGGCCACGGUAUCGGUCCCGUGGUCAACUGCGGGGCGACCAGCCCGUUCGGCCAACAAGGCGAGGACCGACUGAAAAGCCUGUACCCCAUGGUGGACGAGUACGACACGCCGUUGCCACGUAGCUGGAACUCCAAAGACAAGUUCACUAAUCUCGGGCUAUCGCAGAACAACAUACGUGUACAUUACAAAGGUACCAAAUAAGUGUGAAAAAAUUUAAAAAAAAAAAAUAAAAAGAGUAUCGCGGCUGGCCGUGUGUAAACGUUGCGCCAGUGCGACGUAACAGUACCCGUCGCUGUUGUGUUAUGUGAAUGUGGGUAACAAAGAAUCAGCUGAUCAUUGUUUUGUUUUGAGCGCGCUGGGUCUAUCGAAAUCCGACUGCAGCUAUAAUUUUUCUGGACGUGUCUCCUGGAGUUAUUUCCAUUCGUUAUCGCCGCGAACGCUGUAGAUCUUAUUCCCGUUUCGCCUUUUACGGAUUUUUCUUUCGUUUUAUUUACGAAUUGUUUCCCAAGGUCGACUCUUGAUCUCCCGUCUCCCCCCUCCCCCGCCACUACACCUGACCGUCGUCAUUGUCCCAUCCCGUGCGUCGUAGGCCCGUCCGUGUCUACGCGUGUUAAACGUCUUGGUGGUACACAAUACCCGUUUCGUUGGUUUUUUUUUUUCUCUCUCGUUUUCGUUUUCGAAAUUCCACGCCUCCCCCCCCCUCAUUCUCCCUCGAACGUGCACACGGCCAUUCUACUACAGUUAUAGUAUUAUUAUAAUCGCUCGUGGUUGCGCAAAUCGUACGAAAACACGCGAUGCGUUUCGAGUGCGUUUCCACUAUUUCGUAUUAUACGUAUCGCGUAGGUGGAACCUUCCCACUAACCGCUCGGGCCAGUGCGUAAUAACUGGCCGAAUAUCGUUCGAUCGGUACCGAAUAUGGUUUUGCGUGGCCAAGGGAUCCCGUACGAUGUAACCCGUAACGUACGCGAUUGUCCCACGUCUCCCGGUGUGCUUCAAUCAAACGUGUCCCAAAAACUUCCAAAUGAUUACCGCUUUUGUUCCGUGUGCACAGCUUGUAACUGGACAUAUCUGGACGUUUUUACAUUGUUGUAGUUGCUGUUUAAAAAUGUCAAAUAGUCCAGUUACACCCCGUACAGGUGUACGUAUAUAUAAAUAUAUGGACAGACGAAACGAACAGUGACAGUGAUGGUCCGCUGUUGUUGUAUUACUAUAAAUCGAUAAGACUUAGAAAAAUGAAUGCAAACAAAUUCUUGUUAAACGCAAUAUUAAGAUGUUGUUGUACCUACGUAAUACAACCUUGUAACCUAAAUUACUGUCAGGUUUGAAUACCGUUAGGUAUUCACACUGCAUACACCACAUAUUUACCUAAUCACGAGACCACCCGGUUCGAUUAAGGAAAAUAUAGUUUACAGAUUGUAUCGUAAAAAUACUUAAUUAUGUUAUAUCAAAGUUUAACCAAAAAAGCAACUAUAUAAAAAUAAAAUACAGGGAUCCCUAAAUUGUGAACAAUGUUGACUCUGGCUAAAAUCUGGUCCCGUCGACAACAAUAAUAAUAAAAUAGAAUAAUGUUGAAAAUGAAUAUUUUAAACUGUGUCCUUCAUAAUAUACUUGAUGUUUGUGGCUCGGUUAUUAGGCACCUACUUAUUUAAAGUUUAAACAGACUUUGAUUCAAUUUCAAUUGCAUUGGUUAAGUGGGUUAAAAGCAAACAUGAUUAACAAUUCUAUAUUGAUGAUACAAUGAAAAUGUCUUUAUAGAAAAUCAAUAAUAUUCUGUGCCCUGAAUUCAAUUAUCAUGUACAUAGAUAAACAUUAACAAUCUGGCCUAGGCACCGUACCUUUGUAUUAUUUUAGAUUGAUCAAGUUUUUAAUUUUGUAACUCUGAUAUAUUUUGUUUCUAAAUACCUAUUAUUAUUUAUAUGUACCUAUCUAGUAUCUACCUAUUAUCUAUCUAUGCAUAUUAUAUUCUAUAUCAAAAACCAGUUAAGAAACAUUUUAUUUUCAAGGUUUAAGAUUUUGAGUCUGGUAAAAAUAUAUUAAUUUGUUUCAAUUCAUUUAUAAUAAUUAUAAUUUUAACUUUUAAGUGUAGUUGCCAACUACAUAACAAAAAAUUAAUAGGAGUAACUAUUUUGGAUAUUUGAAGUUAGCGAGGAAGUUUGAAUUUGAAAACUGUUUAAAAUAAUAAUAAAUUACUAUUUUGACACUUGUCCUAUAAAGUAUAAACCAAAGUUAAUUUUGUUUUAAUAAAUUGCUAAACUUAUAGAUUUUUGCUAGCAUGAUUUAGGCUUUAACUGAUAUGCAACUCUCAGGACAGUUGUACUCCCAAAAUGUGAGCCCUUGUGUGAUUAAUAAUAUAAUAGUUUUAUUAUAAAAUCUAUUUACUGUAGCCAUAUUAUUUUUGAAAAAUUGUUUUACUUUUUCAUUAACUAAGUGUAAUAUUUUUAUGGUAGUGUAAUAGUUACCUAUACUUGUACUAAAUUAGUAGACCACCAUAAACAAUAACAAAAAAUAAAAUAAAUAAUAAUUGAUCAUAGCUACUUAUACUUCUACUAUCUUUCACUGUGUGUAUACCUUGGUACAUUUGAAUCGUAGGUGUGGUCAGAAUUCUACAGCAGGUAUUGUUGAAAUGUUCUGAAGUUGGAAAAAAAUUUUGUUUUCAUUACCUAAGUACCUAUGUAAUUUAAUAAUAACAAAUUUAUGUUGUGUCAUUGUUUUUGUUAAAAUGUAGUUUUUAUUCAAAAAGUUAUUAUUUAACAUUUAUUCUCAUUUAUGGUUAUUUAUUGUAAGUGUACCUUUUAAAUAUUUUAAUUUUAUAUUAUCUGGAAAAAAUUUUAUCAAGGAAUAAACCGCUCAAAAAAAUUUGUAUACAAAAAGCUAAAAAUCUUCAUAUCAGUCUUCCAUAUAGGUGUAACUUAUUUAUUUACACUAAUUUGUUUAAUUAUUUGUGUCUUAUUUUUUUUUCUUGUUAUGGUGGUUAUGCUUAUGAUUAAUGGUAGGUAAAUACUCAUAUAAUAAUGUAUAAUGUAAUUAUUAUGAUAAGAAAUACCUACUUGGUGAAAACUUAAAUUUUCCUUGACUAGGUAUGUACAUUUAUUAAUAAAUAAACAACAUUUUGAUUCAAACAUAUAGGAUUAAAUCUUUUAAAAUAAAAUUAUAUUUAACUUAUCUAAAAUCAAUAUCCAGAUUUAUUAAUAGUAUUUAGAAUAACCAUAGCUUUUGUCAAAUUAUUAACUAUUACACACUUAAUUUAUUCGAAUACAAACUUAGUAUUAUAAUACUUUUACAUAACAAUGAAUACAGGGCAAUUUGCCCUAUAGUUAUGUUGUUAAAAUUUUAGAGAUUUGUAUUUGCCUAUGAUUUUAUUUCAUCUUAACCGACUAUAGUAUUGAUUUCUAUUAACAUAAUGCACUUGCUUAUUAUGAUUAUGUACAAUAAUAAUACACAUUUAAUAAAAUAAACCAAAAGUCAUAAUGUUAAUAUUUUUAUAGUCUUAUGUAGUACUUUUAAUAUUUAUAGAAUCUUUUUUUUUUUUUAAAUGAAAUGUCCAAAUUGAAAUAAAUGAUCAAUUUUUUCGUUUUGAUCAUAAGUAUUCCUUAUAGAUAUGUAGGAAUUAAGUACCUUUAGAUAAAUAUUUAAAAGUUUUGUUUAUACCAGCUUAAUGUGUUUCUAGUUAAAAAAAAAUUGUCUGCUAAGAUAAACUUUAAAUGAUAAGGUGUAAAUGUAUUUAGGCAAAAUCAUAUUAUAUUGUAAUUUAUAUUUUUAAUUAAUAUUUCCUAGAUUAAUCACUAAUCUAGCCAGAAUUGUGUAUUAAAAUACAGAGUUUCUGGUGAAUAUGGUAAAGAUAUUAAAUAAUAAAUAGGUAUGUAAUAUUAUGAUAGGAUUUCAAAACUAAAAUAAAUAUUUUGUUGUUAUUUUUCUAAUAUUUAAUUUUAGUUUGGCAAUUUCCAAUAAUCCACAAACAAAAAUUAUUAUCAUUUUAUUUUUAAUUAUCAUUUAUGUUUCUAUGAAUUAAAAUACUUAUUUUCUUUGAUAAAAUAUAAAGUAUUUUACAUUUUGAUUGUGAUAUACCUGAUGAUGAAUUUUUAAUUCUAAACCAGUCUAUGACUUAUCAUAAUACUCCACGCGAUACAUUCAUUCAUUUAUUUAUUUAUUAUAAAUAUAAAGUAUUAGAUCAUUUACGUAUGUUGAAACAGUUAAAAACUACAUAUUUUGAUAUCUAAUAAUUUUAUUUCCUCUUUCAAUCAAUAUAAUUUCAAAUUGAAAAAAAAUACUAUUUAUGUAUUAUAAUAUAUAAAUAGGAAACUAAAAUUAAUAUAAAACCUUUAUAUAGAUUGUUUGUGUUUUCGACCUGUUUUAAUUUAUUUUAUUUGUACCUAUUUAAUAUAAUACAGGGUGAUGAUUUUUUUUUUUUUUAUCAGUAAUUUUCUCAAAGUAUUUCAAGUAAUUUUAUUUCUGUUUUAAAUUUAAUCCUUAUGGAAUUUAUGAAGUUUUAUUUUAAAACCAUUUUUAAUUUUUUACCUUAAAUAAGUUCAUACUUUUGUUUUUCAAACUUUGAACUUUGUUCUUUUUGAACACAAAUUUGAAUAGAGAAUAUUUUUUUUAAAAAUGUUGAUAUGCAUAACAUUAAUAUCAAAUUUACAGUCUAUGAGAUACAACCACUUAAAGUUUACACUAGAGGAGUAAUGUAGAGUGUAAUUGUGCAAUUUAUCACCCAUCCCUACUCCUCCAGUCUAAUCUUUAAACAGUAAAUCUGAUAUCAGUGUUUUGGAUAUUUAAAUUUCUAAAAGAAAAAUAUUCUCUAUUUAAAUCUGUGUUCAAAAAAGGUAGGGUUCCUAUUUUAAAAACAAAAGUAUAUACUUAUUUAAGGUAUUUGGAGUAGGGGUAGAAAAAUUAAAAAUGGUUUUAAAAUAAAAUUUAACAGAUUCCACAGUGAUUAAAAAAAAAAAUCACUGUAUACAGUGGAGCCUGUAUAUAACAGACACUCAUAGUGAUAGAACUAUUCAAAAUUAUUCGUUUUAGAAAGAUUUUAGUAUUUUUCUAGUCAAAUUCGUACUACUUAAGUUUUCUCAAUGCUAAAUUGUUCAACAAGUAAACAAAUAAACAAGUCAUUUUAAUGUGUGCAUCAAAUAAUUUCUACUUUUUGCUUUAAAUCAAACAAAUUUCAACAGUAUAGUAAUGGCAUCGCAAAGUAAAACCAACCUACACUGAAUAAGUAUAACUGAGAAUGAUGGUUACUAGUUAAAAUAAGAUAAUUGGACAUAAUAUUUCUUUCUUUAUUAUUGAUCGUUCAUUAAGCAUUAUUAUUUUUAAUGAUAUAAAAUAAUAUUUUGUUUCACUGUAAAAUUAUUAUCAUAUCAAUAAGUUGUAAUGACAUUGGCUGCUUCUGUUUUGGAUAGUUUAAAAUACUUACCUAUCUUUUUGUUGGGAUAUUAUUAUUUUGCCCUUUAAAACAGAGUUGGUAUACUCUAUAUUGUAUAGGUACAUUUAUUUUGUUGCUCAAAUUGGACUUCCUGGUGGUAAAGUAGGAGCACCUAAUGCUUAAUUGUGUUAUUCAAAUUUUUUUUUUAUUAUUAUUUCCAUCUAUACUCAAAUUGCCUAACAAUAAAUUAUCUUUUAAAUAUAUAUUGAACUAUUGCCAAUUAUUCAAGGUUUAUCUUUUUGAAUAUUGUAUGAUGUGUACUAAAAUAAAAGUUCCAUUUUCUAUUGCAUUCUAACAUUUUUUACCUAUUUGUAAUUGGGUUUAGUAAAAAAAUGUUUUAAAAUCUCAUUACCUACUUUAUAUUAUAAAUAAUUGUAAAUUUUCUGACUCAGUCAGUAGGUAUUUACUUGCAUAUUAAAAUAACUACCUAACCAAAAUUAUAUAAAUAACACUUGUAUAUAAUUAUUUCUUCAGGUCAUGGCAAAACACAUAAAGAUGCAGCCAGUGUUAGAGCAACACAUCCUAUUCCCGCUUCUUGUGGCUUGUAUUAUUUUGAAGUCAAGAUUGUAUCAAAAGGACGUGACGGUUACAUGGGUGUUGGACUUUCAGCACAAGGAGUCAACAUGAAUCGUUUACCUGGUAAAUAUUCACAGACCCAAAUAAAAUAUUUUUUAAUUUAUUCACAGUAGUAUGUACUGUCAUACAAUUAUCAUUGAUUAAGAGCACAUUAUACUCUCAUGUGAUGUCUCCAUUUUAUAACCUCACAACCUAUUAUCAAAAGUUGUUUAUGGUGUGUAAGACUGAGAUAUGACACAUGCAGUUGUAAUGUCUCCUUAGUGAUAUACCUACUAAUAAUAAAUUACAAUGUCAGGUUGGGAUAAACAUUCAUACGGUUAUCAUGGCGAUGAUGGCCAUUCAUUUUGCUCAAGUGGCACAGGUCAACCAUAUGGACCUACAUUUACCACUGGUGAUAUUAUCGGUUGCGGAGUAGAUCUUGUGCACAACCAAUGUUUUUAUACUAAAAAUGGAACCCAUUUAGGAACAGCAUUUACUGACCUCCCUGUAAGUCUACUGUUCUAUUAUUUUCUUCAAAAUAAAAUAUUUUUAAUAAUAUAAUUUUAUUCAUUUUUUCAGCCAAAUUUAUUUCCUACGGUUGGUUUACAAACACCUGGUGAGGUGGUUGAUGCUAAUUUCGGACAGUCACCGUUUGUGUUCAAAAUUGAAGAAAUGAUGAAAGAGCUCAGAAGUCAAACACAAAUUACUAUUCAAAAUUAUCCAUUUUCUUACCCUUAUUCACAGUGCCAGACAAAUUUCCAUAAGUAAAUAUAAUAAUUUUAAUGAUUGAGGUUAUUAAUAAUAUCUAAUAAUUUGGUUUUCAGAAUGGUUUCUACUUAUUUAGUACACCAAGGUUUCUGUGCGACUGCGGAAGCAUUUAUUUCUCAAACUGAUCAGUCAUUUGAAGAAGAAAUUACUUCUAUUAAAAAUCGCCAAAGUAAUUAAGUUUAAAAAGAAAAAAAAACGUUAAUUAAUCUGUUAAAAAUGUUUUUAGAAAUAUUAAAAUUAGUAUCAACUGGUCGAAUGGGAGAAGCUAUUGAAAUGACUAAUAAGCUAUACCCAGGGUUACUUGAAUCGAAUCGUAAUCUUCUUUUUAAGCUUAAAUGUCGUCAGUUUAUUGAAAUGGUUAAUGGUACAGAUUGCGAUAUAACUCCUAACACUCAUGAAAAUAUUGAAAUUCAAACAAUGACUCGUCCCUCACCAAAACGUACAUUGCAAUCUAAUCGAAGUCCAACGUCUGUACAAACCAAUGGGUAUGAAUAAAUGUAAAAAAUAUAUAUAUAUAUAUAUAUUGAAAUUUAUAGUUUUAUUUUAUUUUUAGGAGCAUAAAAUGUCAAAAGUUAUCAAAUACAACUGAAGUGACUGAAAUGAAUUCAGUAAAUUUGAUAUUGAAUGGUUCUUCUGAUAUAACUACAGUUAAAACAAUAAAGAAUGGGACACCAAAAAUUAAUGACUACCAAAUAGAAAAAAUGGACUGCAAUGAAGACAACCAAAUGACUGAAUAUAUUAUGUCACCUGAGAGUGUAAAUGGGCACCAUCAAAAUCACCAUCUGGAUGGUGAUUAUAAUUCAAAUGGUUAUCAUAAUGGACAUUGUGGUGAACUGAGUAAUGGUACAUCAAGAGUUAGUAAUAAUGAUAAUGAAGAAUCAAUGGGUAAAUUGCUAAUCUAUUAGUAAUGUUGUGAUUUAUGAUAAUGGCUAAUUGUUUCCUAAUAUUUUUAUUGAAAUGUAGAUAUUGACCAACCAGAAUAUCAUCAACCUUCUAAAAAAAUGUGCGGUGGCAGUAAACCUGGAGUUGAAAAAAUGUUAGAAUUUGGUCGUGAAUUAUUCCUACUUAGUUUGCAAUUACGACAAGAACUAGGAAGAAACGAAACAAAUAAAAAAAUGUUACAAGUAUGUAAUAUAAAUAUAUGUAAAGUAUUUUAUCAAAUGAUCAAUUGAAUUAGAAAAAGAGGUAUAAAUACAAAUUGAUUUGUAUUGAUAUUUUUUAUGUUAAAAGGAAAUAUUCUAUAUUAUUAAAACACAACAUAUUUUGUUUGUUUGUUUAGGAUGCGUUUAGUUUAUUAGCAUAUUCUAAUCCUUGGGAUAGCCCUGUUGGUUGGCAACUGGAUGCUACCCAAAGAGAUAGUGUAUGUGCGGCACUGAAUUCUGCGAUAUUAGGUAAUAAUAGAAACUUUUAAAAAUACUAUAUUGCUUUUAAAUUCUCCAUUUAAUAAACACGUUUUUAAAUUGAUAUUUUAGAAUCUAGUAAUUUACCACGACGUCCACCUCUGGAAAUGACUGUUGGUCAUGCCUACGAACUAGUAAAGCUGAUGGCAACAUCUAGUAUGGGAGCGUGUGCUUUCACCAACAUUGAUGAACUGCUCAAAUGACCUUCGUGUAUUGUGCGUGUCUCACUGCCACUGUUCUGCAUGUAUUUAGUACUUUGGAAUUUAAAAAUGAAAAAUGUAAAUUGUUUAAAUAAUUAAUGUGAAUUCAUUAUAGAGUUCAAAACAAUUCGCCGCCAAUUUUGAACACAAUAAAAAUGGCAAAAGUACUUUAAGCGGCCACAUCAUCCACAAACAUAUUUUGUACAAAAAACUUUUUUGACAAUUACAUUUCUCUGUUUAAUUAUGUAAGUAGUUUUUUUCAGUUAGAAUUUUAAAAUAUUUACAGUUUAACACAAUAUAAAUUAGCAUUAAAUUUGACAACAAUGAAAUUUAGACUUUACCAAAAGUAAUAUUCACUUUUUUCUUUAUCUUGUUAUAUUACCUAUUAUUAUUAUUAUUAUUUAAAAAUAAAUAAAAUUGAUACUGUGUACUUUGAAAGUCUUAUAUUUUGUUAAUAAUUUUUUUUUCGACAAAUAUUUAUAUAUAUAUAUAAAAAAAACAUAUGUGAAGGUCUGAUUAAUUUGUCGACAUAAUGCCUUAUUGUUGGAUACAUUUUUUAAUUUGUUUUACGUAAAAAUAUUAUUUGCGUAUUUUAUGAUCUCUUCACAUAAUUUAUGCAACAUAUAAAAAUAAUAUUUUGUUGCUGAUAUAAUGUGAUCCUUGAAUAUCUUUUCUUGACAAAUAAGUUUUUUUUUUUUUUUUUUAUUGAAUCAAAUGACGUUUUAUUUUUUUAUUGAAUAAAAAUAUAAGAUUUAAAUCGCCAACAAUAAUGUGUAAGAUCAUUUAAACAUUGUACCAUAUUAUUUAAAUUAUAGUUGUUAGUUUCAUAUGAUUGUACUAACAAAAUAAAGUUAUAAAAAUAUUAUUAGUUCGUAUAAAUAUAGAUUUUUUUUUCUGAAAAAGUUUGUUUAUUUUUUUAUGUACUAUUAUUGAGUAUGAAAAAUAACUGUUUUAUGUAUUUAAAAUAUGGUUGCUUAGCAACAUUGUAAAAGUUAUCAAAACAUUAAGCUUCACAUGC